AUGCCUCUUGAUACAUUUGCUACGGAGCUGUUGCUCCAAAUAUUCUACUCCUGCAAUUCAAUCGCAGAUGUUCUGAAUCUCUCCUUGACCUGUCGUCGCCUUCAUGGUGUAUUCUCUUCCUCGCAAAAGCUUCCCAUACUUGCCAACGCCGUAGAUGCCGAGUUCGGACCCCUGGAGGAUAUAAUACAGUUAAUCACUCAGAAUGCUAGUCAGCCUGCUCAUGUUUCCCGUGAGGCGCCGAUAUCCCUCUCUCUGAUCCAGCAGGCUGUCGAAGUUGGCCGCGUGGCUAAGAAAUGGGAGGAGAUAUAUCCGAUUAAGAAAUGGAAGGUGGACUUUGAAAACCGCCGAGUCUUGAAUGCGCAGGAACGCCUCGUGCUACGCCGAGCUGCGUACCGUCUUUGGCUGUACUCGAGGGCUUUCCACUGUCAACUAUUUCCGCGAACCAGUCGCACGCUCCCGUCUAUCGUCCAUGAACGAGCCGAACUCUUGCAUAACUGGUCUACGAGCGAGCUAGCUGAGAUAGAGGAUUUUCGAUUAGUUAUGCGUGAGUUAACAAAUACGUCACCAAAUUUCACUCCCGAUCUCUACCACGAGCCCGGAACGGAGGGUUGGGGCGACCAAAUUCACCAUUACUAUGUUGUCGAGGACAUGAUGAAGCUGGACCCUUCGCAGGUGCUAUGGUUGAGAGAAAACGCUCCCCUCAAGGGACAGGUUGAAAGCUACGUGCGGUCGAUGGGAGACUGGUUCGACAAUAAUGGCGAAACAUUCGGACAGACGCUUGAAUGGGUAAUGAACGAACGUGGAGGGGACUAUAUGGAGCUGCAUUUUUCGAUUGUUGACGGGGAAGUGGGCAUUGCCACAGCGAAGAGCUGA